CUGAGACUCACGCGCCUCCCCAGUCCGUGAUUCCUCCACCUUAAAAAUACAAAUCGAAACUUCUUUUCUCCGUUCAUUUCCCAUUUCUUCUUCGUUCCAAAAUCAAACCAAGCUCCACCGCCAUGAAAUCCGCCGCCAACGCCAAGCUCAUCCUCCUCCACCCCUCCAUCCACAAACAAGGCCUCGCCGCCCCCACCGCCGCUACCGGCGGAGCUGCACUCACCCCUCGCCGCUGGCUCUUCUCCUUCCUCACCUUCUUCACUCUCGUCUUCACUCUAACCCUCAUUAACUCCACCUUCUCCGCUGCCGACCGCCGCCGCUCUGUCGGCAGCCCCGCCGACUCCCCUGUUCUCCCCCAACCGAUUUCCGCAGCCCUCAUCCACUACGCCGCUGUCGAUACAAACUCCACUAAACCCCACAUGACCACCGCCGAGCUUUCCUCCAUCGCCGCCGCGCUUUCCCCUUGCUCACCGGCGUGUAAUUUCUUAAUCUUCGGUUUAACCCACGAAUCCCUCCUCUGGCGCGCACUCAACCACGGCGGCGUUACUGUCUUCCUCGACGAAAACGAGUUCCAUGUCUCCAAAUUCGAGCAAUCCAACCCCGGAAUCGAAGCGUACGAUGUUCAAUACACAACCAAAGUGAGCCAGAUGAAGGAGCUUCUAAUUCAAGCUCAAUCGCACGCCGACAACGAGUGCAAACCCGUUCAAAACCUCUUAUUCUCCGAAUGCAAACUCGGCAUCAACGAUUUGCCUAACCACAUUUACCAAGUCCCAUGGGACGUGAUUCUCAUCGACGGGCCACGUGGGUACAGCCCCACAUCGCCGGGAAGAAUGUCGGCGAUCUUCACCGCCGGAGUUUUGGCUAGAAGCAAAUGUGGGAAACGGAAUUCGAAAACCCAUGUGUUCGUUCACGAAAUCGGGCGGGAGGUGGAGAGGAUUUACAGCGAGGAGUUUCUUUGCCGGGAAAAUUUGUCGGAAUCUGUGGAUUCAUUGGGGCAUUUCGUGGUGGAGAAGACAAUGCAGGGAAAUGGCGCAAGAUUCUGCAAGAAUUCAUCCUCUAGUUCAUCAAUUUUAAGGUAAUUUAGUACAGUGUUUAGAGGAUGGUGUGGAUCUGUAAGUGUAUGUUCAUCCAAAUCUGCGUAUGUUUGUGUUUGGUUCCCGAGAAAGAGCGAGAAAAUGUACAGAUAAUGGAAGGAAACUAAUUCCUCUGCUUUCUUUCUACUGUUUUAACUUCGGUUUCCCCUUUCCUCUUUC